AUGGGUAAGGUCUGCCUGUUGCCGCUGGUGCUGCUGCUGCUGUCGUUGUCACUUGCCGUUGGCGCCCUGCCCCUAGCGUGGAGAGCAUCAGACAUGCGAUCCAAACGUAAGGGUCAUCGAGUUAGAGAAAAGAAGCUCGAGCGUAGCCCAUUCUUGCCAGUUCUGGAGCAACAGGUGAACCCUGACUGGGCCACGUUUGAACGCGGCGAACUGGAAAAACAGGGCUGGGGUAUUGCCUGA